AUGCGCUUCUUUUGCAAUUUGUGGCUCGUGAUUUUUGCGAAUGCCAGAUAUUUGAAGAUCACCAAAUAUGAUGAAAAUGAGGCAAGGCGACUACUUAACCUAGCUGCUGCUUCUUACGGCGAUGAGCUACUAUCAUGCUUAAACAGGACAUUCAAAGACGUGACAAAAUACAAGGUGGUAAAGAUCGUUAAUAAUCCAUGUGACGUCAUUGGAACAAUUUGCAACAACUACGUCGUUGCCAGCGAGCCUCAUCAGCAUAUUUAUGUGAUCUUUCGCGGGUCUCGCACAAUAAUCCAAGUGCUUUUGGAAGGAUGGGACCAAAUCAAAUAUCAACCAUUUCUUGAUAUGGGAAUGGUUCACAGCUAUUUUUUCCAUGCUCACAAUGUGCUUUGGCCAUCACUCGUUGAAAUAUUGAAUUCGACGAAAUAUCAAAACUACGGAAUCACAUUUACCGGACAUUCAUUGGGCGGUGCUCUGGCUUCUCUAGCGGCUGUCAGAACAGUCAAAGAAGGCUAUCGAUCUGGAAAUGAUAUCAAAGUUGUGACAUUCGGCCAACCGCGGGUUGGAAAUUUCGAGUACGCUAUGAUAUAUGAUCAGCUGGUUCCAAACAGCUAUCGAGUUGUAUAUCGAAAAGACAUUGUGCCACAUUUUCCAGCUUGCUUGAAAAAUGCAAGCAAAGAAGCCGUCGAUCACAAUUCGAGGGCUUGCGACGCCGAAUUCAACAAUCGGCGAUAUCAUCACGGAACUGAAAUAUGGUAUCCGAACGGAAUGACGAAUGAGCCCGAAUCUCCAGAAGCGCCUUAUAUGGAAUGCGUUGGUGCGCCGAUCAAUGAGGAUUUUCGUUGUUCCGACAAACUCAAAUUCUAUUAUGGAAAGAUCAAGGAGUACAUUUGGGACCAUCGGCAUUAUUUCGGAAUUCGCGUGCCGGAGUUCGGCAAAUCGGGCUGCGAUGUGAAUUAUCCCGAAGGGCUAAAGAAGCCCAACACAUGA